AUGGAAAAGGGAGAGAAUGACGCCGGCUCCUACCGUGUUGCAUCCAACACUACGUACGAUGCGCAUCAGGACGUUUUAGGUGGUGAGGAUGUCAACCCUGUCCUCAUGGCCAAGAUGCAUCUCGUCAAUGACGCAAUUGACGAGAUCGGCUGGACAAGCUUCCACCUGAAGCUCUUCUGCCUCAGCGGCUUCGGCUACGCCGUCGACUCCCUAGUCGCUGUCCUUCAGGGCAUCGUCGCCUCCCAGGCCUACGCCGAGAUUGGCUACAAUGGUUACCCGACCGGUCUCACAAUUGCCCUGUACGCUGGUCUCCUUGUCGGCGCUCUCUUCUGGGGCUUCGGCGCAGACAUAGUCGGUCGCAAGAUUGCCUUCAACACCACCCUCUUCAUCACGUCCAUCGCGACCAUCAUCUCGGGAGCUGCAACUCACUGGGCUUUCUUCGGCACCUUCAUUGCCCUGCUCGGUUUUGGCGCUGGUGGUAACUUGGUGCUUGAUCCUACCGUGUUCCUCGAGUUCUUGCCCUCAAAGAAGCAAUGGCUCGUCACGGCCAUGGCUACAUGGUGGGGAUUCGGACAGGCUUCUGCAGGAUUCAUUGCUUGGGGAUACUUCUCCCGAAGCGAUUGGAGCUGCGACCCCGCGGACCCUGACUCCUGCACUUGGCAAAACAACAAGGCCUGGAGACUUAUCAUGUUCACAUCCGGAGGCAUCAUCUUUAUCAUGUCCAUCGUCCGUGUCAUGGUGAUUGAACUCACAGAGACACCCAAGCACUUGCUCGCCCAUGGAAAGGAUGAGCAGCUCGUGGAGGAGCUCCAGGCUCUCGCUGCGAAGCACAACAGGCCUUGCUCUUUGACCGUCGUCCAGUUGCAGUCACUUGGCCAGGUCGAGACGGAGAGGACACACCGAGGAGUUGGAGAGUUUGCCCGGGAACUUGGAAGCCAUCUCAGGGGACUCUUUGUCACCCGAAAGAUUUCCAUUUCCACCAGUUUGAUCUGGUUCUCCUGGACGCUCAUCGGUCUUGCCUAUCCCCUAUUCUUCGUCUUUCUUCCCAGCCGCGUUCCAAACGACAACCCGUCUCUCAACACGACCUGGAGAGAUUACACCAUCACAAGUCUCUGUGCCUCCAUCGGACCGCUUAUCGCUGCCUACCUCGCCGAGAUCAAGUUCCUUGGACGCAAGCACACGAUGGGAAUUGGUGCAAUCAUCACGGCUGCCUUUUUCUUUGGCUACACCGCCGUCAAGACUUCUGCCCAGAACCUUGCUCUGAGCUGCUGCAUCUCCAUUUGCAUCAAUGUAUACUACGGAACCCUUUAUGCGUACACCGCCGAGGUUCUCCCCUCUGCUCACCGUACCACUGGUAACGGUAUCGCCGUGGCGCUGAACCGUGUCAUGGGACUCCUCUCGGCAGUCAUCGCCCAGGUUGCCGACACCACAACCGUGACUCCUCUGUACAUCUGUGCUGGGUUGUUCAUUGUGCUCAUGAUUGUCUCAGCUCUUAUGCCAUUCGAACCCCGAGGCCGACGAGCCUCUUAA